UCUUUGACAUUUCGUAGUAUUUGUGAAAAAUGUGAGAAUUUCAGUUUUAUUCGCGGAUAAAUUAAGUUUUCAUGAAUAAAACAAUAUGCUUAUACUAAGGAAUUGGUGUUUAAAUCUUGUGAAAAGGGUGUGACUCUCUGUGCUUAUAUGUAAUCGUGGAAUUGAACUAGUAAAAUUUGAUCAUUUUACUUCUAUAAAUAUAAUAAAUAUUGAAUUGUUUUAUAAAAAAUAAGAAGUUCCUAUUUCAUACCGGGUUUUUGUGCACUCAAUUAUACAAGUUAAUUUCGUAAGUUCAUAUUACGCGAAAAACAAAAAAUAUAUAUAAUUCCUAAAAUCAUAACAUAAACAAAUUUUUAUUACGAAAAUAUUUAUCUUAAUAAAUGCAAAAUAAGUGUACCGUUAAUAAAUAUGGUAUUAUAAAGCUGAAUCUUGUGAUUAAAUAUGAAAAUUGUGAUUUAGUGUUUUGCGAAAACUGUGGACAUUCUAAUUCUAAAAUGGUUACGAUGAAUUCAUCAGAAAAGGUUGGGCAGAAAGCCAUGCAACAAGGACCCUCUAGAGAAUCGAAAUGUGUGAAAGAAGACAAAGAUAUCCACAAAGAGAAGGAGAAGAAAGAAGUAGGUAUUGCAAACCUGCCACCAAAUGUACAAGCUUUGAUGUCAACUAUACCAUCACCGGAAGAAUCACCUAACUAUUUGAUUUAUAAGAAGAUGGAAUCCAUUGUAGAGAAGAUGCAAGAUGAGACAACAGGUGUGCCUGUCAGGACUGUCAAGAGCUUCAUGAGUAAAAUACCUUCGGUGUUCACCGGUUCAGAUCUGGUGGCAUGGAUAAUGCGCCACUUUCGCCUAGAAGAGACCUGGGAGGCGCUGCACUUCGCGCAUCUUCUUGCAGCUCAUGGCUACCUGUUCCCUAUAGAUGAUCAUUGUUUGACUGUCAAGAAUGAUAAUACUUACUACAGAUUCCAGACCCCAUACUUCUGGCCAUCCAACCAAUGGGAGCCGGAGAACACAGACUACGCUGUUUACCUCUGUAAGCGUACAAUGCAGAACAAAGCUCGUCUAGAACUGGCUGACUACGAGGCGGAAUCGUUGGCCAGACUGCAGAAGAUGUUUAGUAGGAAAUGGGAGUUUAUAUUCAUGCAGGCUGAGGCUCAGAGCAAGGUUGAUAAGAAAAGAGAUAAAUUGGAAAGGAAAGUGUUGGACAGUCAGGAGAGGGCGUUCUGGGAUGUUCAUAGACCUAUGCCCGGCUGCGUUAAUACAACAGAAUUGGAUCCAAAGAAAUUGUCUCGUAUUAAUGCGUUGAAAGCAAGACGACUGCGUCAGUGUCAGGAAUUGUUGUUGCAGCAUAAUAUAAAGACAAAUCCGAUAGUAACAAUAACAAAUCCGCAAGAAAUUGAAGAGGAAAUACAGAAAAAUGCUGAAAUUAAUACUGUCAAGGAAAAUGGCGAAACAUCAGCAAUAAUAGAGCAAACUGAGGCCGUACAGCAAGAUAUAGAGCAACAAAUUGAAACAGCAAGGAGACAAGUUGCGGUACUAAAAGCUCGUCUUGAAAGAAGAAAUGUACGAGUCAGUAAAGUUGCUGAUAUGUUUAUAUCAUUCUGCGAACAAUAUGUUGAAUAUGAUCCAUUUUUAACACCACCGGAAUGGGCAAAUCCAUGGAUAAAUGACACCACGGAGCUAUGGGACCAAGAGAAACAGUGCAAAGAUCCACUGCCCUCCCGCCGUGUCCGGCGCUGGGCAUUCGGUCUGCGGGAGCUGCUGCAGGACAGCGCGGGCAGGGAACACUUCGCCAAGUUCCUGUCCAAGGAAUUCAGUGGCGAGAAUCUCAAAUUCUGGUUGGCAGUGCAAGAGUUGAAGUCUUUGCCAAUAAGUCGCGUUGCUUCCUACGCUAAGGACAUUUGGAAGGAAUUCUUAGCCGUGGACGCGCCAUCUCCGGUCAACAUUGAUGCUGCUAGUCGUGAAUUGACUAGAGUGAAAGUGGAGUCGGGAAAACCGGACAGAUACUGCUUUGAUCAAGCACAAGCUCACGUGUAUCAUUUAAUGAAAUCAGACAGUUAUUCUAGAUAUUUGCGUUCAGAAAUGUAUAAAGAUUAUCUAAAUGGAGCUAAAAAGAAGACAUCAGUGAAAGGAAUUAGAUCUAUCGUGUCUUUUACGGGCCGUAAAGAACAGUCUACAAACUAAUGUUUGUCUGCAAACAUAUAAAAAA